AUGACAAAGCUUGGAGGAUCCAGAUGGUCACUCAAUGGUUUGGUAGAUCUUGUCACAGGCGGCACUUAUGAAAUUGGGCAUGCAAUUGUGGAGGAGCUUGUUGAACUUGGUGCAAAAGUGUACACAUGUUCAAGGGAAGAAACUAAGCUCAAUGAAUGUUUACAACAGUGGUCUGCCAAAGACCUUCAAGUAGAUGGAUGUGUUUGUGAUUUAUCUUCUAGAGAGCAGAGAGUACAACUCAUGGAAAAGGUUUCCUUGAGAUUUGAUGGAAAACUCAACAUUCUUUUGGUAUCAAGAGCCAGUUUCUUGAGGGAUCUGUUGGAGAUGAAUUCUGAAAACAACUUUUCCCAAACAGCUCCUCUUGUCUUUGAUGGUGAGAAUUACCAACUUUGA